UUCUAUACUACUUCCGCCACAUGGAAAUUAUUUUUUGGAGCUGAGUCUGAAGUCUCAUAUAUUAUACCUUAUUAAAACCACGAAAAGGGUAUUUUUAAACACAUUUAAUAAUUAAAGAAAUGGAAUUGUUUCAAGAACAAGCUGACAUUAGUGCAAGUGAAGAUGAGGAUGGAGAUGACAGAAAUCACCUGAAGUUAUUGGAUGCCAUUUCAUCUUUGGAUGGGAAGAAAAAGACAAGAUUACAUGAGAGAACUGUUCAUGCUUCACAGAUAUCUGAGUUCAAUUUUACAGCGCAGACUGUGGCUAGUAAAAUUAACAUCUCUGAGUUGAUGGGAACUCUAUCAUCAUCCAAGAUAAAGAGACAGUUAAAGUCUGUAGAGGACAGUAAACAAGUUGUGUCUGUUCCAUUACCUAGACACCAAAAAGAAAAGCUAGAGAGAAGUGUAGCAUAUGGUCAAACAAAAGAAGUUGUAGAUAAAUGGGACUCAAUUGUACAGAAGAAUAGAAAAGCAGAACAAUUAAGAUUUCCAUUAGAAAGACCUGUACUGAAACUUCAUACAGUAGAACAGCAAGCCAAAGUCAUUAAGCCAAGGACUUCAUUAGAGGUAGAAGUAGCAUCAUUACUGAAGGGAAGUGAAAAUGUAGUAUCCAACAAACAGGAGCUAACACCUGCUGAAGAGAAGGCACUGAAAGCUAUGAGUCUUGAGGAGGCAGGAGAAAGACUUGCAGAAUUAAGGAAGCACAGGGCUUUGUUAUCAUAUAAAGAAACAAAAGCAAGAUGGCGAAAUAAAAUUAAAAGUAAAAAAUAUCAUAGAGUAUUAAGGAAAGAAAAAAUGAAAAAUGAGAAGAAAUCUUUGGAUGAAUUAGCAAAAACUGAUCCAGAUGCCUACAUGGAGAAAGUGACAACUGCAGACAAACAAAGGGUAGAGGAGAGAAUGAGUUUAAAACACAGAGGAGGAAGUAAAUAUAUGAAGAAAAAAAUGAUUUAUGGAAAGUAUGAUGAUCAGGCACGCCAAACAGUUCAAGAAAUGAUUCAGAAAAACAAGGAAUUGACACAGAAGGCAGAGGUUGUUAGUGAUAGUGAAUCUGAUGCUGUUAGUAUGAAUUCUGAAGAUGAAAUGAAUAUGUUGGAAAGUGCUGUGUCUGCAUCUGAGAAUCCAUGGAUGAAAGGCUCAAAACUCUCUAAACCAUCUGGGUAUGAAAAGAUUGAAGAAGUGAAAAAUGAGGACAAAAUUUUACUUCCUAUUGGAAGUGAAGAUGAAAGUGAAAAUACGAUAAUGUUAUCAAAUGUUGUUCAGAAGGUCAUUAUUGAAGAUAAAAAUAAUUUGGAUGGCAACAGUGACAAUGUAGAUGUAAACUUCACAGAAAUAAAAGGUGAUAAAAACAAUGACAAUUUAAAAACUGAAAUGGCAGAUGAUGUUAAGCAAGUUGAAAAUGUACAAGUACCUAAGAAAGGAAAGAAAAGAAAGAAAGAGAAAAAUAGUAGUAAAAAUAUUAAUGCAAUUGAUAACAUUGAUGACUUAUUUAAAGAUUUUGAAUCAAGCAAAGAAAGCCAAAAAGGAAAUACAGUUAAAAAAACUAUUCAUGAAAAAAUAAUGAAAAGUAAAAAAGAUUCUUCAGAUUUAAAUUCCACAGAUGGAAAAGAAAGUAAGAAAAUGAAAAGAAAAAGAAGGAGAAUGGAAAAACAAAAGGAGAGAGAGAUAGAAAAGGCGAAGUUAAUAAAAAAAGAUGAAAAGGUUGAAUCUGAGGAAGAAACCUUUAUUUCUGAAAAAUUAGAAAGAAGAACAAAGCUUGAUGACUUUGAAGGUGACUUGUCCGAUGACGAAAUAGGAAAUGAAGUUAGAAAAGGAAGAAAAAAGCAAGACGAAAGUGAGGAUGAAAAUGAUGGAAAGAAGUUUGAGGUUCAUGAAGAUGUUUAUGUCGAUCCAAAGAAAUUAAUGACCUUGGAAUCAAAGAUCGAUAAGUCACAAAUGCCAGAUAUGAUUGUUGACGACAACGACAUUGAUAAUGAGGAACAACAAAAGCUGGCAAUUGCCCAAGCAUUUGCUGAUGAUGAUGUCAUUGAAGAGUUUAGUCAGGAAAAGAAAAAAGUAGAAAACAGAGAUCAGCCGAAAGAUAUUGAUUUGACUCUUCCGGGCUGGGGUGAAUGGGGAGGAGUAGGGGUCAAAGUAUCGAAAAGGAAAAAAAAAAGAUUUGUGAUAAAGGCUCCACCAGCGCUCCCUAGAAAAGACAGAAAUUUGGGAAAUGUUAUCAUUAGUGAACAGAAAGACAAAUCUAUAGCUAAAUACCAGGUCAGUGAUUUGCCAUUUCCAUAUGUAAGUGUGAAGCAGUUUGAACAGAGUAUAAGAGCUCCUAUAGGAAAGACAUGGAAUCCAGAAACAGCCUAUAAACAGUUAGUGAAACCAAAGAUUGUAACUAAACUUGGAACUAUCAUAACACCUAUAGAUAAGGAGGAGACAUUCAAGAAAGAAAAGUUUAAACGGAAAGCUGACCUUGGCUUUACAAAACCUUCAAAUGAAGCUAAAAAUUUUAAAUCCAAGAAAAGGAAGAAACAAUGAAAUGUUUACAAAAAUAAAUAAAAUUAUAUACAUAUUAUUUUUGAGUUCAUGAGACAUAGUAUACAUAAUAUAUACUGUAUAGCA